UCUGGCUGUCAGUGCCGCACUGGGUGUAGGAAGAUGGCGGCGCGCAUGCUGCUGCGGGUGUCUGUCAGGUCAUGGUGUCGGCGGGCGCUGAGCACCGGGGACUCAGGGCCCCGGAGUCGCCUGUAUGAGCAUGUGCGGGAGGGCUAUAGUGCGCGGCCCCGGCUGGACAUGGACUCGCUGAGCCGGGACCUGGAGGCGGCAGAACGCGAACUGCGGGACCGGAAAGCUGGAGGAGACCCGGGGGAGCUGCGGGUAACGCUCCAGAUGUGGGAGAAGCUGCAGAGUCUCCAGGCCGAGAUUCACAAACUGGAGGAGGAGAAAUCUCAGAUCGCCAAAGAAGUCAAGAAUCUGGUGUUGGCGCACGGGCAGCAGAGUCUGCAGACGCUCCCGAGAUAUUUAUCCAUCAGGAAGAGAGGGAAGGAGAUCCGAUCGCAGCUCAACGGCCUCUACGAGCAGGAGACCGACGUGGAGAGAGCGUUUUACUGCCGCGCGCUGCGGCUACCCAACAGAACCCACCCGGACACCCCCGUUGGAGAUGAGAGCUGCGCUCGGGUCCUGGACGUGGUCGGCUCCAGGCCUGAGUUUGAUUUUGAAGCCCGCGGCCAUCUCCAGAUCGGAGAGGAUUUGGAUAUAAUCCGGCAGAGACGCCUCUCCCACGUCUCCGGGCACCGCUCCUACUACCUCCGUGGCGCGGGCUCCAUGUUGCAGUACGCGCUCGUCAACUUCACGAUUAACAAACUGAUGAAAAAGGGAUUCAUCCCGAUGUCUGUCCCGGACAUGCUGAGAGGAGCCGUGUUUGAAGGCUGUGGGAUGCAGCCGACGGCUCACAGCUCCCAAGUCUAUAACCUGGAUCCUGCGCAGCAUCCGGAUCUAAACCUGGCCGGGACCUCGGAGGUCGGAAUCGCCGGGUACUUCAUGGACCAUGCGCAGAUGCUGUCGGACCUCCCGGUCAGGACGGUUUGCUGCAGCACCUGUUACAGGGCAGAGACCGACACGGGCCGCGAGACGUGGGGGCUUUACAGAGUUCACCACUUUACUAAGGUGGAGAUGUUCGGGGUUACGGCAAACGAGAGCGGAGAGGAGAGUCAGAGGCUGCUGGAUGACUUCCUACAAGUGCAGAAAGAGAUCUUCUCCGAGCUCGGCCUGCAUUUCAAGGUCCUGGAGAUGCCGACCCUGGAGCUGGGGCUGCCGGCGUACAGGAAAUACGACAUCGAAGCCUGGAUGCCGGGCCGCCGGUGUUACGGGGAGAUUUCCAGCGCAUCAAACUGUACCGACUACCAGAGCCGGCGCCUGAACAUCAUGUACCGGGGCCCGGGGGGGGAGCUGCGCCACGCGCACACCGUUAACGGCACGGCCUGCGCCGUCCCGCGCCUCCUCAUCGCCAUUCUGGAGUCUAACCAGUUAAAGGACGGCAGAGUGCGCGUCCCCGAAGUCUUGCGGCCUCUCAUGGGAAUGGACGUCAUUGACAGACCGAGCUACAGCCCUGCGAAGUAUAUCGGCCCGAACCAGAGGAAAGCGGAGGGACUGGAUCCGUGAGGUCGGGGCUGGUGGGACUGGUGGAGCAAACAAUGCAGGAGAUGGAGGCCUGAGCCGUGGCAGGGUGGGCAUCAGAGGCCACAGGAGUACGAUGGGGGGCGUUACAUGCCCCUCCGUGAGCGUGAGUUCAUGUCUAUGGCUGCCUCUGCCUGCGCCGUCUCCCUCCUCUGCCUGCGCCGCGGCAGUCUCAUCCGGAUCGGGCGCCCCGGGCGCUUUUCCCGUGCAGGUGACAGAUGGGGGCCGGGGGGGCCGGGGGCCCAGAACUUUCCACACAAAAGAGACACAAUAGGGAGCGCCGUCCACCUGCCAACCACCGUCCUGACAAUAGCGGGUAAUUGGCGGGUGUGUGAGUGCCGCGGGGCAUUAACCUCUAAACAGCUGGAACCGUUUUAAUGAAACUUUGUAUAAUAAAUAAAGUGCACUCGCUGAGUAAA